UCUACGAAUGGACGAUACAGUUCUUCUUAUCAAAAAAUAAUUAAGUCUUCUCGGAAAUAAAAAUAUCUGCAUAAUUUCCUUAAAAAAUGGAUAUAUUUCCAUUUGUACAAGUUUCUGCGAACCAGAAAGACAGCAAAUUCUCCCAAAUUCUCGCCGUUUUGCUGGAACGCCUGCCAAAAUCUUGCUUUGUUUACAACGCGGUCAAAAUAUCGCCCCGAUUUCCGAACCACUCAAAAUUAUUCUACGUCAAUCUACCCGGUGGUGACAAUAAUAAUUCAAUUUCUUCUACUUCUUGGAUCUUUGUCACCCAUUUUACUGAGGACCACGGUCAGAACAUCUUAAUUUCCUCCCCACUUCGACCACAAGAUGCGCCUUUUUCCCCCUCGGAGAAAGCCGUCCUUGUCAAACUCUUAUCGCCCAGCGUUAUCUUCGCGUGGGACGAGCCACACUGGUUCGUCGGCCUGGACAUUCCUGUAGGACGACUCAUAACUGAAAUCUGUGUCGAGGAGAAAGGUCAAGUCAUCGAGAUCCAGCCGGACACCUUGAUGUACAUGGAUUUCAGAGAUGAAGAAGUGCUGCCCGUUCUGGACAAGGAUUUAACAACGGAAGCAGAGAAACAUUCUGAAUUUCUCAUCAAAUCCCUCAACGUUUCCGACGGGACGGAAUUCAUUUCCAAAAGUUGGAAAUAUUCAAAACCCGACGUGACCAAUCUCUCGGUGGAACGAUUCCUCCAAGAAAACGAGUCCGGUGGGGUGUACCUUACCGGAAGUGACGAAACGCCCGUGAGCGGGAUCAUCCUGCAUGCCUUCGGUCUCCUCAGCAUGCUCUACACUUCGGAGGGUGAACGGGGCAAAGGUCUUGCCAAGCUUGCCAUCAAAUGGGCGUCACGAGAAAUGAUCAAAUCCGACCUAUUUCCAGCCUCUUCGAUUCAAAGUUUGAAUCAGGCGUCGCUCCGAACUCAUGAAAAAAUCGGGUUUAAAAAUGCCGGGUCGUUGUACUGGAUCGUGUAUGCGCCUCAUUAACAAUUAAUGAAUCAAUUAAUUGGUAGUUAAUUAUUAUUAAUUAAUUAUUAAUUCCUGCAAAUUCAUAAUUUCGUGUUACAUAAAAAAUAAAAAUUUCUUAAAUGAAAUAGAAUGGAAUAUCAU